AUGGCCGACCUCGAUGCGGAACUUCUUGCUCUUGCCGGAGGCGACUCCUCUGGCGAAGAGAGCAUGCCUUCGUCCCCCAAGCGCAAAUCUCCUUCACCUGCCCGCUCCAAGAAGCCAUCAAGAGAAUCCCCACCCCCAGACAUGGCUCGAAAAGGCGUCGCAAAGCCUACGAAGCGUGCUAAACGGCGCAAGAAUUACUCGGAUGAUGAAGAUGACCUAUCGUCAUUGUCACAACAUUCCGAAUCCGCGUCGAUGUCCCAAUCUGAUUCAGAGGCCAAUUUUAGCCCAGGAGCUGAGAAACCUAUCUUCCCAUACGAGAAACUCUACUACGACUCGGCAGACAAGACGAAAAUCGAGGCCCUACCAGAAAUUGAGCGUGAAGAGAUCUUGGCACAACGGAGUGAGCAAGUAGAACGACACGAACAAGAUCUCACCCUGCGUCGCCUGGUCGCUGCAAGGGCUCGGGAGGAAGCAAAAACUGCAGCCAAGAAUAAGCGCAAAGCUAGCGCCGCUGAUUUGGAUGAUGGCCAGCGAAAGAGUACUCGACAACGUACCAAAGUGGGCGGUGGUCGUGCCGGUGAAGCAAGCAGUGCGAUCGAAGCCUACAAACUUCAACGAGCCGAGAAGAAUCUUAGGGAUGAACAACGCAAGAAGGAUGGAUUCGCAAGAAGACCAGCCUCCCCUCGCAAUGACUUCAGCGAUGCAGAUGCAGAUGGCGAGAGUGAUAACGAUUUUGAUGAUCGAAAGUACAGGAGACGGACACCUACACCACCCAAAGAUGACCCGAUUGCAGAGUUAGCUGAUAUUCAGAGAGCUCGUGUUGGUCGUGACAACUUUGCACAGGUCUGCUAUACUCCCGGCUUUGAAGAAGCCAUCACCGACUGCUAUGCCCGCGUGUGUCUUGGUCCCGGUCGUACUCCUGGCGUCAACGAAUAUCGACUUUGCUUGAUCAAAGGUUUUACCAAGGGGAAACCAUAUGCAAUGAUUGGGUCGAAUGGCAAACCAUUCCCUGUAGAUAUGUACAUACGAGCUGGGCAUGGAAAGGCUGAAAAACCUUGGUCUUUUCUCGAAUGCUCCAUGUCGAAGUUCACUGAUGAUGAAUGGCGGCGGUACAGAUCGACAAUGGCCAACGAUGACUUGAAGAUGCCGACAAAGGGUCUCAUUAACUCAAAACUCGACCAAAUCAACCGACUGUUGAAUCAUCGAUUCACAGACCCCGAGAUUUCAACCAAGUUCCAGAAGCAAAACGAUCUUCUUGAGAAGAUUUACAGAACUCAGGAAAAGGAUGCUAUUCGGGCCAAAAUCGACCAAGCGGUCGCAGAUGGGAAUGAUGAACGAGUAGCAGAUUUGGAGCAUCAGCUUGCGAAUAUUGUACCGAUGAAGCUUGCUUAUGGGACAAGUCUUUCACGGGCAGAGAACACCUACGUCAACAAGGAGCAGGAACGAUUGGCUGAGCUAAAUCUUCGAAAUCUAAGAUUGAAUGCCGAGAACGUUCGAAAGGCACAAUUGGCUGAGCUGAAGGCACGAAAAGUCAAAAAGCAUCUUGCGCCUGGUAUUGAUGAGCUGUUCGAAGGAAGUGAUAUCAGCAGGACUGGUACACCCGUCAACGGUGUUGGAACACCAAAGGCCGCAGCUAGCAUCUCACGGGCAGCAACGCCGAAUCCAUCGGCAGUUUCCAACGGUACUCCACGUAGCUCGACACCUAAUCCCAUCCUUUUCAAGCCUGUGGCAGAGAAGAAAAAGGGAGGGCUUCCCACCAUCAGAAAAGCGGCAAUGGACGAUGAGAUAUUGGCAAGCAUGGAUCUUGGAAUAGACAUCGACAUCGACAUCUGA